AUGCCACUCCUUCUCAGGAUAUCAUGCCCCCCCGAGUUUGUGGAAAUCCAUGGUGGGGUGUCCAGUGGCAUGGCCCAACAGACCUUGGCGCACUUGCUUUUGUCUCCCAUGCGAAUGGUGUGCUUGGGAAUUGCUCCUCAGUUGCGCCAGAACGAUGUUCUGUUAAAUGAUGAAGGCAUGCCUGCCUACACAUCCUGGCUUCUUUGUACAAUUUCUUGGCUUCGUGAUUCCAUGCCUGGCCUCGUCCAAGCCACCGUCUUGACCAUCGUUGUACUCUUGUUGGGACCUGUGACGAUAUUGGAGGGACUUAUGGGUCCUUGCUUUGCUCCCUGGGUGAUAGCCGGAAUGAUGGCGAUGUGGUUUGUGGCCGCCGCCAAGAAGAACCAUAAUGCCGGGAAGAAUUACGUCUAAAAAGCCAAAUUAUGGUGGUCCUUCCCAGCACUGAAGAAUUGUGUCUUGCACUUUUUCAUGGUGGCGUGCCGAUGCGGAUGUGUAGUUGCAAAGUGAGCCUUUUUGCU